UUGAAGAUUUACGCUCUCGUUCACUGACCGCUCUGUCGAACACUGCCCUGGGAUCGAUGUUGCCAAGCAACAAGGGCCUACACUCAACAACAAGGCAAGAUGGCGGACGCAAUCGACGAUAGACCGCAAACCAAGCGGAUUUUCGUCAAUCAUGUUGACGCAUACUCUGGGAAGAACAUUUCAAAGUUUCUGUCAGACUGUGUGGUUGGAUCAUCGCUGGAGGAAGGAGAGGAAGGAAGUGAGGGUGAGGAGGACAGGGGCAGUGACUACAUCCCUCCCAACAAAGAGGGGACGUACACGAUCAUCGGCACAUUACAGAACCCAGCCAACGCUAAGCCAGACUGGGUGAAAGAGGUUGUACAGUAUGCAGCCAAAGAGGAGCUGGCGGAUCACCUGAUGGAAUGUGACAUCAUCAUCUAUGACAUCACAGAGGACCCUGACCAGAUUGAUGAGGCAUCAUGGGCAUGCUCAGCUCUCCAUGCUGAGUUGGAACAUUUUGACAACCCAAAGAUGUUCAUCCUGCUGUCCUCCGUCAUGACCUGGGCCAAGAGUAAACCUCUGGACCCUGAUGAUCCUGAGAUUCCCUUCACAGAAGAUGACUACAGGAGGAGGAAGCCCCACCCUAACUUCAAGAACCACAUCAGUGCCGAGAAACUGGUCAUCAAAAAUGGCAAAACAAACAAGGGAAAGUUUGUGACCUACGUUGUGGCAGCAGGAUUGGCCUUUGGGAUGGGAGAGAGCAUCUUCCACUUCCUCUUUAAGGCUGCAUGGGAAGGCAAGUCCCCAGCAUUACAGGUGUUUGGAACUGGUACCAACAUCGUGCCUACCAUUCACAUCAAGGACCUGGCUGGGGUUCUCCAGAACAUCUGUGACCAGCGCCCCAAGACUCGCUACAUUGUUGCUGUGGACGACUCACAGAACACCCUGGAAGAAAUUGUCCGGGCCAUUGCAUCUAACCUGGGCAACGGGAAGGUCAAGAAACUCUCCAAGGAAGACUAUGACUUCCUGAAACAUAUCAGCUCUCACCUGGGUGAUGGUAAGGUGAAGCAUGUCACCAAGGAGGAGGCACUGCUUAGCAAGGAUCUGGCUCAAGCAGAUUUUGACCAGCUUCUGGUGAAUCUGCGCAUGGAGGCCAUGUUUGUGAAGGAGAGCAUGCGGAUCAUGUGGAUCGCAGAGACGGGCAUGUGUGAAAACAUCGACACUGUCAUCAGGGAGUACAAGCAGUCCCGCGGGCUACUGCCUAUGCGUGCAUGUAUCAUGGGCCCUCCUGCAGUUGGAAAGACAACAAUAGCCAAGAAGCUGUGUGAACACUACAAACUGCACCACAUCAAGAUCAAGGAUGUCAUUGAUGAGGCUGUGGAGAACUUGAAACGUCUAUCUGCAAGGGCUGAGGGAGAGGAGGAGGAAGAGGAUGAUGGGAAGGCCCAAGAAGCGCAAGAAUUGCUCGAUGCCAUCCAGGAGUCACGAGAAAACAACAAUGACCGGAUCGAGGACCAGUACAUCAUCCGGUUUUACCGUGAGAAGCUGCGUUCCAUGCCGUGCCAGAACCAGGGCUUCAUUUUGGAUGGAUUCCCAAAGACUUAUGAGCAGACCAAAGAACUCUUUGCAGUGGAUGAUGAAGAGGAAGGAGAAGAUGAAGGAGGAAAGGUUCCCAGUUACCACAAGGGGACCAUGCCAGAGGUCGUCAUCUCCCUGGACGCGCCAGACGAUUUCCUGAAGGUCCGCGUAAUGAACCUCCCCGAGGGGCAGGUGGCCGGUACACACAACACGGAGGAGGGUCUGACCCGGCGCCUCACCGAGUUCCGCAACAUCAACCGGGAAGAUGAGACCAUCCUGAACUACUUUGAUGAACUGGAGAUUCAUCCAGACCACAUAGAUGUGUCAAAGGAUGUGUCUGAUGACAUGAAGCAGACUGUGGAUAAGCUCAUCAAGACCAUGGGGGAGCCCAGGAACUAUGGCCCAACACCUGAGGAGUUAGAGGAGAUGGAGAGGAAGGCCACAGAGGAGCGGCUGAAGCGGGAGGCUCAAGAGCAGGAAGAGCGAGAGAGAAGAGAGGCAGAGGAGGCGGCAGAGAGGGCUCGUCGGCAGGAGGAAUGGGCUGAGCGUCUGGAGGAAGUGCGUCGUCAGGAGCAGGAAGUGCUGGAAGCCCAGUCCACGCCCCUCAGGAACUACCUGAUGAAACACGUCAUGCCGACCCUGACGCAGGGCCUGAUCGAGGCCUGCAAGGUCCGCCCGGAUGACCCUGUAGACUUCAUGGCCGAGUAUCUUUUCAAGAGCAAUCCGCAGGUCGACUAGAGGACACCCAAUAGGACCUACCAAUAAGUUUUACACUGUAGUGCCAUUACAUAAGGAGCAUCUGUUAGGCCUCUUUUCUGACUUCUGUAAUUCUAUUCUAAUGCAAAAGUCUGACUUGGUGUAUGCAAGGGCUCUGCACAUUCUACAGACCUUAAAACCACAUGAAAUGUAACAAGGUUUACAUUUUUGUGCAUUUAUCUCAAUUGAAAAUAUUGCACUUAAUACACACACUGUAUUUUGAAGAUUGAGAAUUCUCAGAGUAUUUUCUUCUAUGGUAAUACAAAUUUAUGUAAAUCUUGAUCACUGUACAAAGUUUUUUUGUAUUUUUUUUUCUUUCCAAAAGAGUUGAUGUUAGUACCACAAAUGGUUGAGUGUUGCUUUUUUCUUCUUUUGAUGGAAAUGCUUCAACAAUGGUGUAGUGUAUGUGGCAACCUAUAAUAUUUUUUAUUGUACAUUGAAAAAUAAAGUUUGUGCUGAAAUAAAUCAUUUUGUAUCUGA